GCUCAAAGUUUAUCCGCUUUGUGUAACUGUGUAACUGUCGCUCUGGACAUUAGUGUUCAAACAACGGUCCCAUAAAUGACAAACCCUGCACCCCAUCUUGCACAGAGUGGAUUCAGACUGUGAUGUACACCGACCGUGCCCUGCUAGAGAGCCUACAUACCUUAUUAAACAGGUUCUUCUCCUAGCAUCUCUUUGAUAAUCUUUUACAAGCCUAACAUUUCUAGAGCGAAUAGGAGAAAUAGAUUUUUCUGAUACUCGAGUGGAUAUCAAAUUACAUUUUUAUUCACUCUCCUCUCUCUAUUUUAAAGAAAAGAAAGGCUCACCAUGGUCUCUGCGUGUCUGGAAUUUAUUGGGAUGGGGUUGUGCCAACUGGGAUCGCUCCUGGUCAUGGUUGCGUGCGGGCUUCCCAUGUGGAAAGUGACAGCAUUCAUCGAUAUGAAUAUUGUGGUUGCACAGACCAUCUGGGACGGGCUCUGGAUGUCGUGCGUGGUGCAGAGCACAGGCCAGAUGCAGUGCAAGAUGCACGACUCGGUGCUCGCGCUCAGCCAGGACCUGCAGACAGCGCGCGCCCUCACGGUGAUAUCGGCGGUGCUGGGGGUGGCAGGGCUGGUGGUGACCAUAGCCGGAGCACAGUGCACCAACUGCAUCAAGACCGAAUCGGUGAAAGCCAAAGUGGUGAACGCAGGUGGUGUGGUCUACAUAAUCAGCGGUCUAUUGGUGUUGGUUCCCCUCUGUUGGAUGGCUAAUAACAUCAUAGUAGACUUCUACAACCCAGAUGUGUCCUCGUCCAAGAAGAGGGAGAUAGGAGCGGCCAUCUACAUUGGCUGGGCUGCCACAGCCCUGCUCCUUCUGGGGGGGACCCUGCUGUGCUGCUCCUGUCCCCAGGGGGCCGAGAUUGCCUACCCCAUCAAAUAUACCCCCAAGACCAUGUCAGCCAAUGGAGACUUCGAUAAGAAACAUUAUGUGUAGGCGAGCAGAGGAGAGUUUUACGCACAUCCAAACUUGGCACAGGAGCUGGACAGACAAGUUGUCUACUUAGCCUACUGCUUGAUGCCCAUCACAUACGUUAUCUUUAUUGUGUUUCCCUAGAACGGUGGCUUCGAUAAGGGACAUUAUGUGUAGGCGAGAUGGUAUCAGGAUACUUUUUUUCCUUUGGUUUGAUUGUCCGUUACGCAUGGCGACUUCACCAAAAUGUCCAACUUUUUUCUGUGUUGUAGGCUACAACUUUGUUUAUGGGUCUGGCGACCAGAAAAGGAAAAAUGCAAUUUUUGCCAAAGGAAUGGAAUCCUAUACGCGCCGAGAGUGUGGCUCAAGACUAUGACCAAGAAAUGUAAACGCUUGUUGUGUAGUCUAUCUAUUGUGUAGCAUUUGUAAGACUUAAAUCUUGUAUUUGCAUAUGAUUAUUUUACCCCAGGUAUUAUAUAUGCUUUCUGUAAAAUGUUUAAAGUUUCAUGUUGUUAUCGUGUGACACUAGUCUAUUGUCUCGCCAGAGUCGGCUGUCACGGUCUGUGCGCUCUGUGAAUGAAGACUAUUGUUCUCCACUGGCUUUGCUGUGUCUGCUUGGAAGUUGUAAAUAACCACAGAACGUACAUGUUUGCAGGGACUGGUAAUAGUUCAUAUGUUUAGGUUCCCACACUGGACUCCUCCUUUGUAACACAGUGAAUGCUACUCAGACAAAUGUUCACUCAUAUGAUGAUCAAAGGAGCGUAUUUGCAUUUGAAUGUUGUUGUAUUUUACUGCAUGGCUGACUGUGUGUCUAUCUUUUGUCCUGGCCCUCUUUAAAGUACUGGGCAAUUGUUGUUUAUAAUAAAAAAUGAAAUCCCAUUUCACAAUA